CUGUGUUCUCUUUCACUCUCGUCCAUCUCCUUGUCUGAAAUGGCGUCUAUGUCUAUGUUGACCAGUCCAAUCUUCUCACGGCCGUCGCCGACGGCCGGCGACGCCAUUUUCCUCAGGCGGAACAACCCAAUCAGCUCCAUUCCUUGCUUCACUUACAACAAUGGCCGUCCAUUUCUCCUCCCUAAAUCGUCUCCAUUCACCGCCGUCAUCUCAUGCACAGCGGCUCCCAAAGGCGGUCGAAUUCGCCCGGAGUAUAUACCCAACAGAAUCUCCGAUCCAAAUUACGUACGCAUAUUCGACACUACUCUCCGCGAUGGCGAACAAUCACCUGGGGCCACCAUGACAAGCAAGGAGAAGCUUGAUAUUGCUCGCCAGCUCGCGAAGCUAGGCGUUGAUAUAAUAGAAGCUGGGUUUCCAGCUGCUUCGAAAGAUGAUCUCGAAGCAGUGAAAUCCAUCGCCAAGGAAGUGGGAAAUGCGGUUGAUGAGAAUGGGUAUGUGCCGGUUAUCUGCGGUCUAGCUCGAUGUAACAAGAAAGAUAUAGACUCUUCGUGGGAGGCAGUUCAAUACGCUAAAAGGCCAAGGAUUCAUACAUUCAUUGCCACUAGUGAAAUCCAUAUGAAGUAUAAGCUGAAGAAGACUAAAGAAGAGGUUAUUGAGACAGCUAGGAGUAUGGUGAUGUAUGCUAGAAGUUUGGGAUGUGAUGAUGUUGAAUUCAGUCCUGAAGAUGCUGGACGAUCUGAAAGGGAGUUUCUUUAUCAGAUUCUGGGUGAAGUUAUUAAAGCUGGGGCAACCACACUCAACAUUCCGGACACUGUUGGCUAUAACUUGCCUAGUGAGUUUGGACAAUUGAUUGCUGAUAUAAAGGCCAACACCCCAGGGAUAGAAAACGUGAUCAUUUCCACACAUUGUCAGAAUGAUUUAGGGCUUUCUACUGCCAACACUUUAUCUGGGGCAUAUGCAGGAGCAAGACAAUUGGAAGUGACAAUAAAUGGUAUUGGUGAAAGAGCUGGUAAUGCUUCAUUGGAGGAGGUUGUUAUGGCUAUUAAAUGCCGUGGAGAUCAAAUAUUGGGAGGCCUUUAUACAGGGAUCACUGAACAACAUAUUGUUAUGACAAGCAAAAUGGUUGAAGAAUAUAGUGGUCUGCAUUUGCAGCCACACAAGGCUAUAGUUGGGGCAAAUGCUUUUGCCCAUGAAAGUGGCAUUCAUCAGGAUGGAAUGCUUAAACACAAAAACACCUAUGAGAUCAUAUCUCCUGAAGAUAUUGGGCUUCACAGGUCCAAUGAGUCUGGUAUUGUUCUUGGCAAACUCAGUGGACGACAUGCUUUCAAGUCUCGGUUAUCAGAGCUUGGCUAUGACAUUGAUGGUAAGGAACUUGAUGAUCUCUUUUGGCGUUUCAAAGAUGUAGCUGAAAAGAAGAAGGUGAUUACAGAUGAAGAUCUGAUGGCGCUUGUGUCAGAUGUUGUUUAUCAGACCGAGGUUGUGUGGAAACUUGGAGAUGUUCAGGUUACAUGUGGAACUCUUGAUCUUCCUAUGGCAACAGUGAGACUCAUUGAUGCAGAUGGUGAGGAACAUAUUGCUUGUGCAAAUGGAACAGGGCCUGUCGAUUCAUCCUACAAAGCAGUUGAUCUGAUUGUAAAGCAAUCUGCAACACUUUUGGAAUAUUCUCUGAAUGCUGUCACUGAGGGAAUUGAUGCUAUAGCUACCACACGGGUCCUAAUUCGAGGAGAGAGUGUCCGAAAAGCUACACAUGCUAGUGGGGAAACUUUGGAUCGAACUUUCAGUGGAACUGGAGCAGGAAUGGAUAUUGUUGUGUCAAGUGUGCGAGCUUAUGUCAAUGCUUUGAACAAGAUGUUGAGCUUUAAUACUAUUAGUAGUACCGACAAGAAGGUCAAUACAAAAUCUUCUAGGGUUUCAACUUGAAAACACCAUGAAAGUCGGUUAAAAUGCAUAGCAGGUCAUCUUCUUCAUUUAAUCUUCUUCUUAUUUUUAUUGAUUGUGAUGUACAUGUUUCCAUGUUGUAGUUUCCCUAGAUUAGAAACACUUGUUUUCCUUUCUUGUAUUGUUGGUCUUCAUAGAGGUGGUAUCAAAUCAUCUAUAUUUCGACUUUUUUUUUAAAACAUUCGAGUUUUAAUUUUAAAGUGACAAAUAAUAAUUAUUAUGCGAUAGUUGUUUGA